AUGAGCGGCGUGUACGUGGAGUACAAAGGGCUGGACACGUCUUUCAAUCCCGGCCUUUCGUCGACGUCCUCGCUGGUCAACGCGCUCGAGCAGUACAACAGUCACCGCAACUACAAGAAGUUCCGGUUCGGAGACAGCGGGAGCUUGAUGCUGGUGCGUCGCCUCACGUCGAUCGCGCAGACGAUGCAGGUGAAACGCGUGGGCUACUGCGGAAUGAUGCUCCCCGUGCUGGAAGACUGCGUGCUGGCCGAGCGGUGGACCGAGCGACGGCUGAACAGCACGAUGUUGAUGGCUCUCUCCGCAGUGUGUGGAGUGGGGAUUGACACCAUGCCGCUGCCCAAUACUGCCUAUGCGAAACCGAUGUUGAUUCAGGCGAUUAUCGAAGAUGUGAUUGCGUUGGCGAGUAAAUGGGACAAACCUCUUUCUUGCCGUAUCUUUAUCGCCCCCGACACGGAGGAUUGCGGACUAACGAAGUUUGCCAGCCCGCAUCUCUGCAAUUGUCGUGUAUACGAUUUUUGGGGUGUUUGUUUCAUACGUUGUCUAUUUGGAACCUAA